UUUAGUUUUGUAAGGUGGGUGACGGUGAGCGAGUGUGAGCAUCAGUGAGUGUGGCUCUAUGCUGAACCCGUGCUGUGGCGGCGUAUACUGUUAGUGAUCUGUUGUCCAUAAUCGUUGAAUUUGUAUAAAAAAGCAUUGUUCUGAAGUAGUAGUGUUUCAAAAGUUCAGCGUCAAGUGUGCGAUUCGGAAGUGUCGGGCCGCAAGUGCGUUUACAAGUAACAGUGUUCUCAUACUAACGGAUAAUUAAGGAAUUAACUUUGAAUUUCUAGCUACGUAUAUUAUUUCUCAAAAGCUUUGCGUCAAGUCGACAUGAAUCAUGCUUCACUCUAUCAUCGUGCCAGUGCUGUGCAGCGCCGUGAUGCGAAGCAGAUUUUCGAAGAGUUCUACGAUGUAAUGCAAUGGCGUCGUGAUGGUGGUGAUAAGAUAAUCGAUGUGGGUUCGGGUUCCGGAAAUGUGCUUAUGGAAAAUAUUUAUCCACUCUUCCCGCCUAACUUUGACGAAGUGAUGUCGACCGAUUGCUCAGAGAAGAUGGUUGAAUUUGCGCGCAAAAAUUACGGUGAAACUGAACGCGCAAUUUUUGAAGUGCUCGAUAUCGCUUGUAAGGAAAUUCCAGAGCAUUUAAACGGACGUUUUGACCAUGUGCUCUCCUUUUAUUGUUUGCAUUGGGUGCAAGAUCAAAGACUUGCUCUGGAGAAUAUGAAUAAAUUGUUACGCGUUGAUGGUGGUGAUAUUUUACUCGCCUUUCUUGCAACCAAUCCCAUAUACGAUGUUUACUUGACACUGGCAGAGAGAGAGAAAUGGCGUUGUUACAUGAAGGAUACAAUGAAAUUUAUCUCACCUUUGCAUUUGAGCGAUGAUCCGGGAGCGGAGUUUAAAAAACUUUUGGAAGAAACUGGUUAUGAAGACAUCGCAGUUCAGAUACGAGAAGAGGUUUUCAUUUACGAAGGCACACAGAAAGUGAAAGAUAAUAUAAGAGCGAUCUGCCCGUUCUUGCAGUUUAUGCCCGAAUCAAAGCACGAAGAGUUCUUGGAGGAUAUUACGCUAUGUGUAGACGACAUGAAGCUUCGUGAAUAUGAUAGUGAAAAGGAUGAUUAUAAUUUUAUUACACCUUAUAAGUUGGUUGUCGUCUAUGCAAGAAAAUCAGUGAAAUCUGAGAAGCCAAAGUCGUGUGAUGUGGAUGAGCCGAACAAACAAGCCUGUUCAACUCUGUGAUAUUAAUGUUUUACUGAAAAUAAAUAAUUAAUUAUUGAAUGAACGUAGAAUAAUAGCAAAUCAAUAGUGACACCAGUUUUACUUUGUCUUUGUUCUCUUUUGUGUGCAAUAGUUAAAUAGUAAAAAUA